CAAUUGUUCAACGUGUGUGGUAAAAAGUUGUGCGGCAUUUAGUUAAUACCUUUUAACCCAAUUUUGCGCUAUGGCCGAAAAGUAUACCUUUGGCACCUCGCUGGCUUCCAUAACGUGCCACGCCUGGAACAAGGAUCGCACGCAAAUCGCUUUAUCACCGAAUAACCAUGAGAUUCAUAUCUAUCGUCGCGACGGCAGUAGCUGGAAACUGACUGAUGUGCUGAAUCAACACGACUUGCGUGUCAUGGGCAUCGAUUGGGCCAAGAAUACCAAUCGCAUCGUUAGUUGUGCCGCCGAUCGCAAUGCGUAUGUUUGGACCCAAGGCGACGAUGGCAAAUGGAAACCAACGCUUGUCCUGUUGCGUAUCAAUCGCGCCGCCACCUGCGUUAAGUGGUCACCGGCUGAGAAUAAGUUUGCCGUUGGCUCGGGCGCUCGCCUAAUAUCAGUCUGUUACUUUGAGUCCGAGAACGAUUGGUGGGUCUCCAAGCACAUUAAGAAGCCCAUACGCUCCACGGUAACGUCGCUGGACUGGCAUCCCAAUAAUGUGCUGCUCGUGGCUGGCUCCACGGACUAUAAGGUGCGGGUGUUUUCUGCCUUCAUCAAGGACAUUGAGGAACCACCAUCACCUACGCCGUGGGGGAAUCGCAAGCCCCUGGGCCAGUUGAUGGCCGAGUUUAGGAACUCGCUCACAUCUGGCGGCGGUUGGAUUAACAAUGUGAGCUUUUCCAGCGAUGGCAACAAAGUGUGCUGGGUGGGCCACGACAGCUGUGUGAGCAUUGCCGACGCCACCAAUGGCAACGCUGUUAUACGCUGCCGCACCGGCUAUUUGCCUUUCCUCUCCUGCGAAUGGGUGUCGCCCACCUCAGUGGUCGUCGCCGGUUACAGUUGUGUUCCGCUGCUGUACAGUUUGACUUCGGACAAUAAGCUGGUGUUGAGUGGCAAACUGGACAAGUCAGAGAAACGAGAGGCUAGCGGCAUAACAGCUAUGAGCAUCUUUCAAUCGAUGGAUCGCAAUAUGCGAACGGAGAAUACGGACACUGUUGUGGAUUCUAUACAUCAGAAUGCCAUUACGAGCAUGAGACUGUAUGCUGGUGAGAAGGACAGUGCUAGCAAGGUGUCCACAUCAGGUGUCGAUGGUCAGCUGGUUAUUUGGAAUGUGGAACAGGGCGGCAUCAAUGGCGGCAUGAGAAAUCUGCAAAUUUAAAUGUAACUUCUGUUGUGUGUCUCGCUUGUUGGAUCCGCUUGUUGUGUCAGCCGGCAAAUCCUUGUUAUUUGUUUAAAACAAAACUUUGUGAGUUGCAGGCUUGGCAGGAGUGGGGGAUGCACAGUAUUUUUGCCAAAUUGUUUUCGAAAAUCGCUCUUAAACCAAUUGUGUAUCGCGUAUGAAAGCUUUUUAUAUAUAUUAAUUUUUUAUUCAAAUAACUAAGGAGAUUAUGUUCUAUCUUCCCCCCAUUUCAUCACAAAAGUCUGUGUAUGUGUUUUUAAUAUGUCUAAUCAAUUGCAACAAGUGAAACUAUUUUAUUUGA